AUGGAAAAGGCUAAACUGAACGUUACGCACGUUAUUUUCGACUUAGAUGGCCUUCUCCUUGAUAGUGAGGGGAUUUAUACUGAUGUUAACAAUAAAGUGAUGGAAAAAUGGGGUAAGAAAUUCACUCUUGACUUGAAGCCAUUAACCAUGGGACGCUCUCAUAAAGAAGCCAUAGAACUCAUGAUUGAAAAAGCAAGUCUCCUUAUUUCUUCCGUUAUCCUCUUUCAGAUAGUGGGGUUGAAAGGAAUUGUUACCUUUGGUGAAUAUGAGGAGGUUUACAAUAAACUCUUGCUCGAAGCACUUCCAGGAGCUCCUUUAAUGCCUGGGGCUCUGCGGCUUGUGCGUCAUCUUGCAAAACAUCAUGUACCAAUGGCGAUUUGUACUGGUUCGAGGUUUGAAGAGUUCAGGAUGAAAGUGAAGAACCACAAGGAAUUAACGGAACUGAUUCCUCUUCAUGUUGCAAGUAGCGAUGAUCCAGAAAUCAAGAGGUGCAAACCUCAUCCUGAUCCAUUUCUUGUGACCAUGAAACGUUUUGAAAAUCCACCAAGUGACGCGUCAAAAGUUGUGGUUUUUGAGGACGCUCCAAAUGGGGUAAUAGCUGCUGUUGAAGCUGGUAUGAAGGUCAUCAUGGUGCCUGAUACAACUUACUCUUCUCCACCGGAACAAGUGGCUGAUCGUAUUACACAAGUUUUAAAAAGUUUGGAAGACUUUCAUCCAGAAUCGUUGGGUCUACCUCCUUUCGACUGA